CGCGCUUUAUAACCAGCCACUCCCACCUCACCUGACACUCGACACUCUCUCCUCUCGCCACCUAGAAAUCACAAAACCGUAAGCUUACGCCAUUUCUCUCUCUCCCUCUCUCUCUCUCAUACAUUUUUGCAGUAAAAUCCAGAGAAGAAAUGGCGACUUUCAAAGUUUCUCGCAUUGCGACCAAGCCUUACGAUGGCCAGAAACCAGGAACAUCUGGUCUUCGGAAGAAGGUCAAAGUGUUUGCACAACCUCAUUACUUACAAAAUUUUGUCCAAGCUUCAUUUAAUGCCCUCACAGCAGAUAGAAUAAAAGGUAAAACACUUGUUGUUUCAGGCGAUGGACGUUAUUACUCUGAAGAUGCUAUCCAGAUCAUUAUUAAGAUGUCAGCUGCAAAUGGAGUCAAACGUGUUUGGGUGGGUCAAAAUGGAUUGCUUUCCACCCCUGCUGUGUCAGCUGUCAUACGUGAAAGAGUUGGGAACGCUGGAUCUAAGGCUUCUGGGGCGUUCAUAUUGACUGCUAGUCAUAAUCCUGGUGGGCCUAAUGAGGACUUUGGAAUAAAGUAUAACAUGGAAAAUGGAGGGCCAGCCCCCGAGGGAGUUACUGACAAGAUUUAUGAGAAUACAACUACCAUAAAGGAGUACCUGAUUGCUGAAGAUUUGCCUAAUGUUGAUAUCUCUAAAAUAGGCACAACCAGCUUCUCUGGGCCUGACGGAGAAUUUGAUGUUGAAGUCUUUGAUGCAACUGAGACCUAUGUAACAUUGAUGAAGUCAAUUUUUGAUUUUCAGGCUAUUAGAAAGCUGCUUUCAUGUCCGAAAUUCACAUUCUGUUAUGAUGCCCUUCAUGGAGUUGCUGGUGUUUAUGCUAAACGUAUUUUUGUGGAAGAGCUUGGUGCUGAAGAAAGUUCUCUGUUGAAUUGUACUCCAAAGGAAGAUUUUGGUGGAGGGCAUCCUGAUCCUAAUUUGACUUAUGCAAAGGAGUUAGUUCAACGCAUGGGAUUGGGUAAACCAGACACAGAAGGUGAACCACCUGAAUUUGGUGCUGCUGCUGACGGUGAUGCUGAUCGUAAUAUGAUCCUGGGUAAAAGGUUUUUUGUCACCCCAUCAGAUUCUGUUGCUAUCAUUGCUGCGAAUGCCGUAGAAGCAAUUCCAUAUUUCUCUGGUGGUCUGAAAGGGGUUGCUAGGAGCAUGCCUACUUCCGCUGCUUUGGACGUCGUUGCAAAAGCUUUGAAUUUGAAGUUCUUUGAGGUGCCCACUGGCUGGAAAUUUUUUGGGAAUCUAAUGGAUGCUGGACAAUGUUCAGUAUGCGGUGAAGAGAGUUUUGGAACUGGUUCUGAUCAUGUACGUGAGAAGGAUGGAAUUUGGGCUGUUUUGGCCUGGCUAUCUAUUCUAGCUCAGAAGAACAAGGAUAACCUCAAUGGAGAAAAGCUUGUUAGUGUUGAAGACAUUGUUCGUCAGCAUUGGGCUACAUAUGGUCGGCACUAUUAUACAAGAUUUGAUUAUGAGAAUGUUGAUGCAGGUGGUGCAAAAGAACUUAUGGCUCAUUUGGUCAAUCUGCAAUCUGAUCUCUCCGAAGUUAACAAGAUUGUGAAGGGUGUACAUUCAGAUGUGUCCAAUGUGAGAAAUGCUGACGAAUUUGAAUACACUGAUCCUGUUGAUGGUUCAGUGUCAAAGCAUCAGGGUAUUCGCUAUCUGUUUGAAGAUGGCUCACGAUUGGUGUUCCGCCUGUCUGGAACUGGUUCUGAAGGAGCUACAAUUCGUUUGUACAUUGAACAAUAUGAAAACGACUCCUCAAAAACUGGCAGAGAUUCUCAGGAAGCACUUAAACCUCUUGUGGAUGUUGCUCUCAAGCUUUCGAAGUUGCAAGAAUUUACUGGGAGGUCUGAGCCAACUGUUAUCACAUAACUGAAAGUAUAUCAGACGGACGACACAUCCUUGGCAACUUGAGUUUUAAGGUUUUAUCUGUUAUGUGGUGUCUUCAGUAGACACAAUGUUAAUUUCGAACUACUAUAUUUUCCUAUGGAAUUCAGCUUUAUAUUGUCGGGGAUUUUUUUUUCGAGGAGGCUUAUUGCUGAACAUCAAUGAGUUCCAGAGUUGGCAACAGGCAACUCCAAUAGAUACGAAUCUUCUCGUGCUUGACCUGAGCACUUGAAGGAGUACUCAAAAUGAAUGUUAGUAUGUUACUGCUUUUUAGAAAUAAAUAUUACGUCUAUUUCUUGUCC